AGGAGGAAACUGUACACCAGGUGGUGUGGAGAACCGGAGGGUCAGAGCGGUACGUCUCCCCACACAUCCUGGGGGCACGGUGGGCAGCUGGAGAGCUUGGGUCACCCCAAGCCCCCCUUCUCUCUUUAACUGUAAAACUGAAGCCAGGAUCCUGGUCUGGGCGGAAGGGACGCUAUGAUCACAGGAUUCCUGUCCCUGCUUUGCCUCGGGCUCUGUCUGGGCUAUGAUGAUGAGCACAAGAAUGACACCCUCCCCAGGCCCUCCCUCCACGCCUUGCCGGGGUCAGUGGUUGGACGCGGUGGUAACGUGACCCUGAAGUGCCAGGGCCACUUGCAGAAUGUGACGUUCAUGCUGGGGAAGUGGCAGGACCCGGGGUACAGGCGGGAGCGGAGCUCCGCGGGACACGGUGCUGAGUUCCUCCUCACGCGCCUGGAGCCUGAGCAUGCCGGGCGGUACUUCUGUGCCUACAAGACCGCGGGCUCCCACGGGUGGUCGGAGAAGAGCGAGCACCUGCGCCUGGAGGUCACAGAUAACCAUGACAGACCUGGAGCUUCCUCAGCAAAAACAGACAGCAGGGUCAUCUUCGUCACCGCCUUCAGCUGCCUCGCCAUCUUCCUCCUCUUCCCCACCGUCUUCCUCAUCUACCGGCGCAGUCAGCACGGCUCAUCCCAUGAAGAAUCCACCAAGAGAACUAGCCAUCCCGAGCAAGAGGCCUCAGAUCUGUCCCAGCAGGAAAGCACAUCGCUCUCGACUGAAGACCCCCAGGAAGGGCCGGGUGCUGAUGGAAACAGCAAGACACCGGCCGAGGCAGCGGCAGCUUCUGACCCGGCCGAGGACCCCCCGGGAUCUUGUGACUGCGCCACAUUGAACGUGUAGGAGGCUGGCCGGAGCCUGGAGGAAGGACUUCUCCCGGGGAGGAGGGGUUUGGGUUCAGGUGGCUGAGACGACUGGACAUAAAUCCACGCCACUCUGUGUCCUCCGUGCAUAAUCCAUACUAAUAAAAUUAAGUUUUUGGUAUA